AUGAUGCGCGCUCGUGAGUGCGACAUCGCAGUGGUAACGUCCUCGAAGCACUUCUUCGUGCCUAGCACGCCCGAAAAUAUUGCUGCGUACCGGGUCAACGAUAACCGACGAUUGGAAGGUCUUAUCGAGGAUGUGGUCGAUGUCGCAAAAGAUAUGGGCUUCUCUCAGACCAUCGUUAACGGCAUCACGGACGGAUUGACUACGUGCGUUGAUCAUCAGCAUCUAUGGGUGAAUGCGACAUACGAACAGCUGGGUGCCGUGGUCUUGUACCUGAGCGCCGUACAAGCGGGUAUCAAACAGCCUGGUAUGUUGAACCAGCUAUCGAUGUGCUUUGGUGCAUCGAUGAAGGGUAUCAAGCAGCUACUCCCACCAGUGUCAAAACUGCUCAUCGAUACGAGCGCAAGGUAUGCAAUUGCCAGCUUCAUGCAAACAUUCGAGAAAGCAUAUCCUGCCUAUCAAAAGCACUCAAAAGAUCUUGCUAGACUACAGUUGAAGUUAUGGCGUCUGGUACUGGACCGCUGCCUUUUCCCGUUUGAGGUUAUCACGACGAACUGGCGACACGUCGUGACAUUGUGCAUCUACGCGGUGACUACAGUGAACGACGUCUUCCUGGAUACUGAAGAGAUUAGCGCAGCGAUAGGUGCGAGUAGCCCUAGCAUUGGUGGCGAGGACAUGAACACGUACCUGCUCUCCUAUAUUGUGGACGACAAAGCUUACCAGAUCAAAGCGAUGGCUACUACAGCGCGGCGCCGCCGUAAGCUUCAGGCUCGCUCCAGAAGCCAUGUUGCACCCGUCGCUGCUGCGCGUUCGGCUCUAGACCCGGUGAUUGGUUUGAAUCGCAGCUUCGAGACAAUCUUGGUCGACGGGUUUCUGGGUCUUGUGCAUGCUAGAACGUCACUAUGA